CGGUGUCACGUGAUGCAAUAUGUCUGCCUUCCAUUCACGGUAAUCUCUUGGGAAGGAAAGUACAGAUCGUGUGUGUAGGAUUUUAGCUCGUAAUUAAGCGCGAAUUGCGCUUUUAUACACGCACACGAUGAGUGAUGACGAUCACUUCGAUUUUCUAUUCAAAAUCGUGCUGAUAGGUGACUGUGGCGUCGGUAAAACAUGCGUAGUUCAUCGCUUCAAAAGUGGAAUGUAUGUUGAAAGGCACGGAAAUACCAUUGGCGUUGAUUUCGCAAUGAAGACUCUCACAGUGGAAAACAAGAAAGUUAAGUUGCAGAUAUGGGAUACUGCUGGCCAGGAAAGGUUCCGCACCAUAACGCAGAGCUACUACAGGAGUGCGAAUGGUGUCAUUCUUGUGUACGACAUCACAAAGCGAUCGUCAUUUCUGAGCUUGCCACGCUGGGUGGAGGAGGUGCGAAGGUACACAGGCACCAAUGUGCCCCUUCUUCUUGUAGGGAACAAGUGCGACUGUGAAAGUCUUCGGGAGGUGACAACUGAAGAAGCACAGAAUCUGGCAGAACAGUACCCCGAAUUUAUGGCCGUUCUCGAGACUAGCGCCAAGGAGAACACCAACAUCGAAGCUGCGUUUGUCAUGCUGGCCACGGAACUGAAGAACACUCACGACCCCAUUGGGCGACUCACCGACGCAGACAUAAGACGAAUCUCACUGAACACGAGCAAGGUCCCUUCCAAAUUUUCUUGCUGUAAUGCGUGAUCGUCGACAGUGCUGACAGGGGGAUCUGGCGACUUCUCAUCUAUGCAUUCCGUCCUAAGUGUUGUGAGAAUUUUGACCUUGUCUGUGACGAAGAUCUUUUUUUUUACUCCAAAAGCACGCAGCCUAGAGUCGUAUAACGUUAGAAAGGCCAGGGCCUGGUGCUGAUAGUAGCUAAUUGUGAGCAGCAAUAAAAAAAAUUCUCACAUAUCAUUA